CUCGCCGCGCGCACAAGCAAGCGAUCCCCACUCAUAGCGUCCCGACUGCACACCAACACGAGAGGGGGAGAAACUUUCCUAAAACUUUUUUAUCGCCAUUAUCUCGCGUCUUCUCACACAGAGCCGACGUCUCCGUGGAUCUCCUCAUGCGAGGAAAAAGUUUAACAAGUAACUUGCCUUUACGACACGGUUUGAAUAUGCGCGCGCGUUUGUAGCGCUGGUCUUUUGCAGUUUUGCUCUGGUUUUUCUUAGAAAAGUGGCUAGAUUUAACGAAGAGCGCAAAGUCCCGACUGCUUUUCUGUUUGUUUUUGGUUUCGGUCGUUUUUAUUUGUUCCACAUUCGCGGGAGUGUUUUGUUCGCUGUUUUUUUUUAGAGGACUGGUUUUAUUGCUCAAGAAAAUUCAGGUCGCGAGAUUCGAGCGUAGAGGAGAAGUGAAGAAGUUUUAACGCAGAAAGACGCCGCAUCUCCACGAAGAAAUCCGAAGUUGGAAUCGAAGAUAUAUUCUUGUGACUGAGUUGAAUUCCUUUUUUAUCCACGUUUUAUUGCUGCUCAGUUGUUCUAAGUAGUCAGCGAUGAAAAUGAUUGUUGCAUUCACUAUAUGUAUGUCGGUGGUGAUUUUGACGUCGGCUCAGGCGGAUCAGAAGAACUGUAAUGAAGUCAGAACUGCCUACAGUUCGAAAGGCUUUAACGUCAAUGAUGUUCCCAACAAAGGAGUGCAGGGAGCCCAUCUGAAAGUGUGUCUGCAUGGUUUUUCCUGCUGUACUCUGGAGAUGGAAGAGAAGUUGAGUCAGCAGAGCCGUACGGACCUGAAAGCCCCCGUCCAUCAGCUUAGCUCCAACCUGCAGAGCACCUUCACCCAGAGACACCGUCACUUUGACCAGUUCUUUAGAGAGCUGUUGAACAAUGCUGAGAAAUCCCUUCACGACAUGUUCGUGCGGACUUACGGCUUGAUGUACGUGAAGAACGCGGAGCUAUUCAAGCAUUUCUUCCAUGAGCUAAGCCGCUACUAUGCCCACGGGAGCAGCGCUGUCAACCUGGAUGACAUGCUGGAGGACUUCUGGGCAGAGCUUCUGGAGCGCAUGUUCCGAUUAGUCAACGUUCAGUACGAGUUCACCAACACGUACAUGGAGUGCGUCAGCAAGCACAUGGAGCAGCUCAAGCCCUUCGGCGAUGUUCCUCGCAAACUCCGCCUGCAGUUGACCCGUUCCUUCAUCGCGGUUCGCACAUUCACCCGCGGCCUUGCACUCAUGCCCGAGGUGGUGGGCAAAGUGUCCACGGUGAGCGCUUCACCGAGCUGUGUGCAAGCAGCUAUGAAGAUGAUGUACUGCCCGUACUGUACUGGCCAGGUGGCACUGAAGCCCUGUAAGAAUUACUGUCUCAACGUCAUGCGCGGCUGCCUGGCCAAUCAGGCGGACCUGGACACAGAAUGGAAUAACUUCCUGGAUGCCAUGUUGGGUCUUGCUGAGAGACUGGAGGGGCCCUUUAACUUCGAGUCAGUCAUGGAUCCUAUAGACGUGAAGAUUUCAGAUGCCAUCAUGAAUAUGCAGGAAAACAGCAUACAGGUCUCGCAGAAGGUGUUCCAAGGUUGUGGUCAGCCCAAACCCAACAGUGCCUUCCGCACCCGGCGCUCCACUAGAGACUCAGGGUUCCCUGGCCGUUUCCGCCCCUACAGCCCUGAUGCCAGACCUACCACUGCAGCUGGCACCAGCCUGGACCGAUUGUUGACGGAUGCCAAAAAGAAACUGAAGCACGCUAAGAAGUUUUGGUCCACCCUGCCAGACACGGUGUGUGUAGGAGAUAGGGUUGCACCAGGUGAUGAGUGCUGGAAUGGCACAGCUAAAAGCAGGUAUGAAUCUAUCGUCAUAGGAAGUGGCUUAGCAAAUCAGGUGUCUAAUCCUGAUGUGGAAGUUGACAUUACCAAACCAGACAUAGUGAUUCGCCGGCAGAUUGCAGUCUUGAAAGAAAUGACCAGCUGGCUGAAGGCGGCCUACACUGGCACCGACAUCUCAUUUAUCAAUGAGGAUGCUGGCAGCGGAGAGGAAAGUGGAAGUGGCUGCGACUCUCCCUCUUGCGAAAAAAAAGACGAUGACAUCUACUUCUCCACCCCUACACCUGUUAAACCACGCUUAAACAAGCCUCAAAAUGGGGAGCAACCCUCUAGUGGAAACCAGUUGGCACCCUGCAGCCUGGCACUUGCAUUGGCAGCACUCCUGCUGGCCCUGCUCACCCCCCACACAAGAUAAGACCAGUCAAGUGAGGAAAAAGACGAGUGUUUAUACGAAUUUGAAAGAGAGUUGAAAACUGCCACAGGACAUUACAGAGUCUGCUCUCAGGAUCACCGUCUGCCUGUCAUCUGGGGAAGACACUCAAGUUAUUAAUUUUCAAAUAACUUCCCUUCAGUGUAUUUUUGUUUGUGUUUAUAAGAACGGACUUCCUUUGUGUACAACUGUACAUUUCCAAGCAGCAUUACACACUCCCUUUUGUCAAAUCUUUCAGCUGAGAUUUAUUCCUCCGUGAUUUUAACGUUCAGAAUCAACUGUUCCUCAUGAUUGUUAUUUUCGGUUAUGGCUCUAAAUGAAUGUUAGUGACUGCUGUGUGUUUGAAUGUAGGUCAGACUGUGUGGAUGGAUGUGUGUUUGUGUAGAUCUGUGUGUGUGAAUGGCUGUAUAUAUCAUCGGAGCGCUUUCCCUAAGGUAAAUAAUUAAUCAACCUAUAUAACACAUGUAUAAACUGAUUUAAGCAAAGCUGUAUGAUGUAUUCAGACUUUUUAGACAGACCUUUUAACCCAUUUGGAGUGUGUGUGGGGUGUGCAUGUGUGCUUGGAGGCGUAGUUAGCUGCCAAUCACAUAUUAUUUCCUGGAUGUUAUUAAGGUAGAGAAAAACCACAUGUUGCCUUAUAUUCUCACAAGAACAUGUGUGUAAACAGUGCUGCCUUAUGAAUGAAAUCGGCGAGGAGUGGGCUCCCAGACUUGGAGAGGAAACAGUUGUUCAUCUGAUAGGUUUGAUUUUGCUGGUUUUAGUUUUUGUAGGUGUUUUGUUUCCAAGCAGUUUCACUGCCCCAUCUCAUAGCAUCUCAAAUACUUUGUGGUUCGGCGAAUGUAUAACUUGAGAGUAUAGUCUUCACUAAUGACUUAAUUGUCUGCAUUGUGUGUCAUGAAGAAGGAGUUUUGGUUUGGUAAGUUCCGUUUGAUCAGUAAGUUGAGCCGUUGAUGAAAAGGCCCCUCAAAGAAGGCAGAACUAACAAUGGUCCUUCAUGUGGAUAGACAUGCAUUCUGCAUAAUGUGGACUGUAUGGCCUGAGUAAAGUUGCUAUGUAAUAUAUGGACUCAUUAUGAACUAAUAGGAGAACCAGCUGGACAAGAGUGUACACUACAGAUGGCUUCAGUCUGAGCUGUCAAGAUGGAAAUGAAUAAUGAUGAAAUUUACACAGGGUUUUAUGUGGAGUUGUUUAUUUUGCUAGAAGUUUAUUGUAAGGUAUUAAUGGUAUAAAACCAUAUAAAAGGUACUGCAGCAAAUUUCCCUCGACCAGAAUAAUAACCGGUGCUGAUUUGAGAGUGUGGGUGGCUAAUUAGAUUUCUAUCAAUUGUUUUUUUUUGUUGCUUUCUACGUUUGUUCUUUUCCCAUUCCUUGCAGAUUUCAUAAUCUCAAUCGGCAUCGGUACAGUAUUUGAAACCAUUCCUCAUAUAGAGCAAUGGACAGUGUGUUUGGUACGAUCCAACACUUAAACAACUGUUUUUAUCCUUUUAAUCGAUGUGGCUAUGCAUGUGGGUUCAAAUGUCUGGCAAGUACAAAAACGCUUUCAACCCACCUCUCAGAAAACUAUUCCCUACUCACUGUUGUACAGUAAGUUAUUUAACCACGUCUUUUUUUUUUUUUAUGGUAUUCGCAAACAUGCUUCCAGAUUGUUUUCCUUGGUAUCUUAUUUCAGUAUUCAAAAUAUUUAUGUAGGUGAAUGCUGUCUAAUGAUUUCACAAUUUAACUGAUGUUUUUUUUUUUUUUUUUGGCUUCAGAUUUCAUGUUUAAUAUUUAGAUUUUGUAAACCAAGCUACCAUAAUCAGAUUUUAUUUUUCAUUUAUAGUUUUAUGAAAGGGAGUGUGAAAAUUGUACAAGCUGAUGCAAGGACAGGGCUGGCCAUAAGUCCUUGAUUGUUCCUGAUGUCACAUGCACUUUUAUUAUUGGCAUUCAGAUACCUCACAGCAAGAGAGUUUUAAUCAUAUCCGCAACAUGCAUUUGAGCCUAAAUGCUAUUUGAUUAAUUCAUUUGAUACAGAUGUGCCUAUGGAUGAAUGGCCAGUCCUAUGACAUGAAAACAAACUUGUCAGGAGCCUGAAAACCAUAACGAUCUCUGUAUGGCAGUAAUGCUCCUCACCUCAAAGUGGUUGUUUUUCCAGGCCGAUGUGUUAUGUGUGCCAUGAAUAGGAAGGAAUGUGUUUUCAAUCCUUUCGUAUGACCCAAAGCUUCCCAAUAUCACGUGUUUAAGAUGGAUUUGAAAUUAUAGACCAUGAAAGUGUCUUGUUCAUAACAACUAGUAUAUGUUGAGCUACUCCGAGUCAAUGUGAAGAUGACAUGGACACUUGAUUGCAGAGGAUCCCUCUCCUAAUCCAAUCUCAUCUUAGUCUGAAUACUGAACUUCAGAUGGACUGAUUGCAGUUGCUAUUUUCCUGCAGCCAUGUACAUCAGUGCAGUCAUCUUUGAUGAGGAGUAAGUGACUGGAGAAAAAAAGAAGAGAAUUGUAAAUAAUGAGCAGUCAUUUUAGUGGUCUCUGAGAGAUGUUCAUCAGAUUUUACCCAUUCAGAUUAUCUGCUUAAUUUGGGCAAAACAAAGAGAUAGAUGCUAAAAAUGUAAGAGAAGUUAUAUUAAACGUUUCCUAGUCUUGAUGCAAUAAAGACUGCAGAUAUUUAAAUGUGUUGUCAUUUGUGCUUUGCUCUACCACUACUCCAACUACUGUGUAAAUAACAUGAUUGCUCUGGAAAUCUCUUUGAAAGACCCCUUAAUUAAACACUUAUAUGUGGCCUCAG